AACUUUUACUAAAGGGAGUAGAUAUUGCGGCGGUGAAGUAGGAAAAUACCGACCAAUCAAGAAUGGAAAUUUAGACUACUUUUAUAUUGCUUACCCAUUCAAAAUCUGUAUUGCUGGUUCAUCUGUAGUCAAUAAUGAAUGGCAGCCUAAUGACAAUGAAAAUGUCUUUAUCAAUGAAAAAGUCUGUGAUGUUAAUAAUUCGUGCAAAUUCAACUAUGUUUACGAAAGAAAGAUUGAGAACGGAGAUGAUUUAAAUAUCCAAUGUGAUGAAUGGUGCUCUAACUGGGUCAUUGAAAUGCGUUCAGUUGAAUUUGGUGUUUUGUUAAAAGAAAGGGGGCGAAAUAGAAAACCAUAUAGGAUAUCUUCGAUGGAAAAGGACUGUCGGUCAACGUCAGCGUUGAGUGUUGCGCAAAAUCAGUGCAACGGAAAGAAAAAAUGUUCGUUUACAGUACGCAAGGAGGAUUUCUUAUCAAGACCAUCCAGUUGCAGAGAAACAUCAACACUACUUGUUUACUACACUUGCAAAACGCCUAGAUCAAUGAUUAGAACGACACAGGCAAUGCAAAUCAUUACGUCAUCAAAAAGUGACACCAUAUCCAAAGCUCCUAGCAAAAAAGCCACCACAGAAGAUCACGAAACUGUUUUUAAAAAAGAAAACAAAUGUAGUACUAGCACCAAAAAUAACUUAUACUUAGUUGCAGGCGUUGCAAUUGGUGCUGUUCCAUUCAUUGUUCUGAUUGUUGUCUUUUUAAUUUGGAGAAUGCGUCAAAAGCGAAAUCUUGGCAAUAUGUACACGGAACGCGUUCUCUAUAAGAAAAGAACAAAAGAUGAAAAACGUUUAACAGUUAGCAUUGACGAAGAGUGCGUAAAAGAAGAUUUUAAAACAAAUCAAAAUGUUGUUACGAAAAGCAGUAAAAAACUUCAAUCAAAGUCUAAACCGCAAGCAAGCCAUUAAGAUUCAACUUACGAAGAGUUAGACUUGUCAAAAUUGAACGAAAACAAUGACAAUCACCAGUCAUUGAAUGCAAACGAAGAAAACACAACAUAUCAAGAAUUGGAUAUAGCACAAAUGAAUAAAGAAGAUGACUAUCAGUGGCGUAGCUAGCGGUCCCGCUACUCCCGCCCGGCGGGAGUAGAAAUUUCCCAAAAAAACAAUAAAU